AAUAAUUCAUUAACUGUUGACAAAGCUACCAUUUUAACCAAUAUUGUGUUUGGAAGCAAGUUUGUUAAUUUUCCUGGAGAAAUAAACAAUACUUAAACAAACUUAAAUUUAGUGCUUCAAAGUAUUUUUGUGUUAUUGUUUUUUAUGUUUUUGUUUGUUAUAAUAAAGAAAAAAUGUCCAGAGACGAAGACAGAACAAAACGCAAUGUGCUCUCGUUCAUUAAUGGACCCGAGCCAAGCAUAGAUCGGCGAUUUCGUCCAUGUCCGAAGAAUAUAUUCAAAGCAAGUGGUGACAUAUCGAAAACAAGUACUAUUGGAGAAGAUGGGGCCAUGGUGUAUCUACGACUGCGUCCUGUUAAUUCUCCUUCAUCGUCAUAUAAAAUUGCAGGCAUGGGAAAUACUCUUGUGGUGAACCCACGUUUAGAUCAAACAACGACAAGUAACAAUAAAGCAGCAAUGGAAAAACAUUUUACCUUCAGCGCGAUAUUCGAUAAUAAUGAUAGUCAAAAGGGCGUACACAAUAAGUGUAUAAGUGACAAAAUAAAAUUGGAGGAAAGUUUCACAGUGCUGACUUAUGGUACAUCUGGUUCCAGAAAGACUUUUACACUAUUAGGCGAUGACGUUAAUCCUGGUAUUGUGCCGCGUUCCAUUGAGAAUAUUUUCACAUUAUACAAUUCCAAUAUAAAUCCGCACCCGGCAGUUAAAUUACAAAAUGCUCGCGUAGUUAUUUUAGAGGAUGAACUUUUAGCCAAGGAAAUAAUUUCAACUCGUCAAGUGCUCACAGCUUGCGGAGAUAUAACCUCAGUACAUAAGCAAUUCCAACAAAUCAUAUGCUCAGAUCAUAAUUUUGAAACCACAGUUUUCGAUGAUGUGUUUGUUAUGAUUUGGUUGUCAUUCGUUGAAAUUUAUAACGAAUUUGUCUAUGAUUUACUGGAAUUAUCGGCAUCUAAUCAAACAAUUACAGUGGCUUCUCGUAAGAAUCUUAAAAUUGUUAGCAACGAUGGAAAAGUUUUCGUGAAAGGAUUAACACAAGUUUAUGUGAAGAAUAGCUUGGAAGCCCUAAAAUUGCUGCGCUUUGGCUUACAACGUGUCACUUACGCCUCUACUUCCAUCAAUGCAAACUCCAGCCGGUCGCAUUGUAUAUUCAUCAUUGACGUGCUAAAGUACAAUGCAUCAGGUUUGAUAACAGAAAUAUCUUAUAAAUUCUGUGACUUGGCUGGUUCUGAACGACUUGACAAAAGUGGGAAUGUCGGUUCACGGCUUAAGGAAACACAACGUAUCAAUACAUCGUUGAUGAUUCUGGGUCGCUGUCUUGAUGCUGCUAAUAAUUUAAAUCGUAAGAAGAAUACUGAGGUUAUUCCUUACCGAGAAUCGAAACUUACGAUGUUGUUGCAAGCUCCACUGUUAGGAAAGGAGAAAAUUGUCAUGGUGGUUAAUGUUACACCCACUGAAAAAUAUUAUGAAGAAAAUUUAAAUGUUUUGGGAUUCUCUUCAAUCGCUAAGAAUAUUAUCUUCAAACCACCAAUUGUGAAGCAAAAUAACUCAAGAUUUUCAUUCUUUUUGGAACAUUCCAAGUCCGGCAGUGCACAAAAUGCCUACAUUGAGCAAUUACUCGAAGUAAAUAUUUUGCUGCGUAAUGAUAAUGAUCGACUGAUAAACGAAGUAAAUAAUUUCCAAAUUAGGAUAAAUUCUGAACUCUUGCGGCAAGAAAAAGAAAUUCGAAAUGAACUUGUGGACUCGUUUGAAAAAACAUUGACUGCAACCAAGGAACAAGCUGAAAAUCGUCUGAAACAGGAACUUGAAUGUCAAAAACGAGUAUUUGAAUCAAAGUUGGCAAAAGUGAAACGAGCGCAUAUUGAACAAAUUGAAGAUUUGCGUGAAGAGUUACAAGAACUGAAAGAGAAAGAAUGUCAAAAAUAUCCGAACAAACUCAAUCCAACACUCGCUUUUAGUCCGCGGCAAGUUAAGGUAUUGCAGGCACUGCCAGAGAAGAUUCGCGAUAAAACUCAAAUCAAAAUCGAGACAAUAGAUUCAGUAGUCGCAGAUCCUAGUCCGAUAAAAAAUGAUAAUUCGCAUGAAGAAUUACAAGACUUAAAAGAAAACAUUUGCGAUGAAAUAUCAAGGAAACGCAGGACAUUAGAGAAUAUGGGAGCCUCGCAUGAGGAAUUUUUAGAAACUGAAAGACAGAUUUACAAUGAAAAUCCAAACAAAGUGAUUGUACUAGACGCAAAUUAUACGAACAAAAUAGGAGAAGAAUUAGAAAAAAUGGAGGAGGACUCAAGCGAUAAAAAUUCUAACGAACUCAACACACUGGAUGUUUAGCAUUCGCAAAAAAUGUAAUAUUUUUUUACGCAAAGAGAGAAACUGCAUCCUAUAAUAAUACAAUCACGAAAUAGUCCUUGUAAAAGAGGAUUAGCGUUUUUUUGUAAUUUAUAAGAAUAUUUCUAGUUUUGUU